AUGGAAAACUACCCCCGUGAGACGUACGGUCGUUCUUCGAUCAAUCCACGCAAUUCAUGCUCGCGAAGUCCCUAUGAAGAAAGUGACCGAGAGUCACUUUCCGAGCCUUUCAGCCCUACAGGCCUGCUCGGGGAACGAUAUGAUCUGCUUAAACAGCAAAUGGAGGCCAGAUCACGAAUAACCAAUCCCAACGACAGUCCAUUCACAAGAGGGCUUUUGGGAUCUCUCGCUGAAUUCGAGAGUAGGGGCUACCGCCCUUCAUACGACAGCACUAGAGCAGCAGGCGGAUUGUCUAGAUCAGCGUCAACGGCAAGCUCUUCGAAUCGAUACAGACCAAGACGAACACCGAGUGUAUCUUCCGUCCGAACAGACUCGAUCUAUUGCGCUCAGUCUGGUGCUAUGCCGCCUCCUCUACUAGAUAUACCGUCGACGCUUCCCCAAAGGCGAGCGUCAUGGCGAGACAGGAACUCGCAAGGUAUCAGAUCACCAACUGUUCAGCCACUGCUGAGUUUACCUGAGACAUCGAGCACCCAGUGGAACAGCUCUUAUUCACCAGCGCUGGGUCGAAGCCAUUCAGUUGCUGUUCGGUCUUCAAGUGGCUCUUGGGGCCCUUCGGGCAGCAGAUCCGGCUCACAUGCAACACCAGAUCCCUCAGCUCUUAGUCGCCGAGUCUCUACAGCUGCUGCUCCAGCUCGACCUGAAACGUGGUAUCAGGGUGAUCGGGCUGAGCCGAAGCGUCGAGGGACGUUGCGGAGCUGCUGA